AUGUGCAAUCAUCUACAUCCUAGAUAAAUUGAAUCUUAGAUGGAAAUUGUAUUAUGCGAAGAUGAAGAUUGCGAUUAUUAAUAUUUACCUUAAUGCUUUCAAUGCUCAUUUAAAUAUUGUAAAUCACAUUUCUCCAGUUGUAAAACUGGGGACAGUUUCUAAGAUUCUAGAGCAUUGCUUUAAUAAAAUUAUAAUCAAAUGGAAAAGCAAUUUUUUUAACUAAAUUAAAAACUUAAUCAACAGUUAGGCAUGUUACUUCAACACUGCAAAUAUAUUCUAAAUAAAGUUGAAUAAUUUUGCGAAAAUGGUUUUUUUGAGGAUGUUAUUCCUUUUAAAUUUAAUAUAGAUUAUAUUAUGGAUGUAUAGAAGGAUCUGGCUAAAGAGAUUGAUUAUAAAAUUAAAAUUAUGGAAAAAUAUAUAGAGGAUUUCAACAUUAACUAUAGCUUUUAUCGGAAAAAGGAAUCAAAAAUAUUGCAAAAAUAGUCUAUUUUACAUGAACAAAAUAAUAAUUUAGAUUACGCUUUGUAGGCUGUUGACUCAAGUCUGGAAAAGGAUCCUUUAUCAUUGUUUUCGCUUUAUCAAAAAGGUACUUAUUAGAAUAUUUAUUAUAGGAAAUAUACUUCUAAAAUAACAUUAAUAUGAGGAGGCUUCAAAGUAUUUGUUGAAAGUUUUCCUUCUCAGCAAAAUGUCCAAAAAGAAAGAAUUAAAAAAUCAAAUCUUCUUAACACUAUGUGAUAUAUAUAUAGCUAUUUUAGAAGAAAAUUGUUUGUUUAAAAUGAAAAAGUACAACUAAUUAAUAGAAUUAUCAAAUUAAUAUUCAAAAGAUUUUGAUGAAUAGAACGUUUCCAUAUUUAAAGGUAUUAAUAGUUAUUGAACUUAGCAUUUGCCGAAUUCAAUAAAAUGGAAUAUCAAAACGCCCUUAACAGUACAUAAGAGGUUAAUGCAAGCUAAAGAGAAGACUACAAAGUUUAAUAAUUUUAAGGUAAUUUUAUUGCAAUGAAUUAGAGUUAUGCAAAGGAUUAUUAACAAUUUAGAAAAAUAAAUAAGAAUAGCCUGAUUAAAACCCACAAUAAAUGUUAAAAGAUUCCUUGCCAAAUAUUUCUAAUUCCCAUCCAAAAAAAAAUGCAGAAAAUUAAAAUCAGAUGGAUAAAAGGGAGAAACACAAUGAUUUCAUAAAUAUAUUUCUAGUCACCCUUGAAAAAUAUUUUACUAACGUUUUUGAUAAGCUUGGUGGAAAUGACAUAAAUCCUGCCUUAUUUUGGGAGGAGCAACAGUAUAUGAUUAAGGUUAAGGGAAAGUAUUAAAUUUUAUAAAUUUAGUAAAAUCCGUAUUGAAAAAUUAACAUAUAUGCAAAAAGUAAAAUAUUGUAUUUACGAUGCAUAGCUCAUAUGGAAAUAUUUGAGAAAAUUCAAUAUUGAUGAUGCAAAAAUUAACUAAAACGUAAUAGAUAAGGGGUGA